AUGCCGAAGAGACGAGACAUUGUCGCCAUUGUGUUGAUCGUGUUGCCUUGGACACUGCUCAUCACUGUUUGGCACCAAAGCACUAUCACUCCUCUGCUUGCAACAAGAAAGGAUGACAGACGUGAUGGUCGCUCUAGGAACACUUUCGCUUUCAAGGAGUCCUGCUCGCUGCAGAACCGGGACAUUGUGGAGGUGGUGCGCACAGAGUAUGUCUACAGCCGGCCUCCACCUUGGUCUGACAUCCUGUCCACCAUCCACGUCAUCACUCCCACCUACAGCCGGCCAGUACAGAAGGCAGAGCUGACACGCCUGGCCAACACUUUGCUCCAUGUGCCCAACCUGCACUGGAUCCUGGUGGAGGACUCCCAGAGGAGGACUGCUCUGGUAAGUCAUCUCCUCCAGGACACGGGACUCAACUACACCCACCUCAACGUGGAGACGCCUAGGAACUACAAGGUACGUGGGGACACAAGGGACCCCCGUAUACCACGGGGCACCAUACAGAGGAACCUGGCCCUGCGGUGGCUACGGGAGACCUUCAACGUAAACAGCAGCCAGCCAGGGAUUGUCUACUUUGCAGAUGAUGACAACACAUACAGUCUGGAGCUGUUUGAGGAGAUGCGAUCCACUAAAAAGGUAUCAGUGUGGCCUGUUGCCUUUGUUGGCGGCCUUCGAUACGAGUCCCCUAAAGUAAACACCUUGGGCAAGGUGUUCGGCUGGAAAACUGUAUUCGACCCACAUCGGCCCUUUGCCAUUGACAUGGCUGGCUUUGCGGUGAACCUGCGCCUCAUUCUGUCUAAACCUCAGGCUUAUUUCAAGUUACGUGGGGUGAAGGGAGGUUAUCAGGAAAGCAGUCUAUUAAAAGAACUUGUCACCCUGAGCGACCUGGAACCUAAAGCUGCUAACUGCACUAAGGUAUUAGUAUGGCACACGCGGACGGAGAAGCCUGUGCUGGUAAAUGAGGGCAAGAAAGGAUUUACAGACUCUAACGUGGAGAUAUGA